CAGGGACUCACAGUUAGAGGGAACUUUGUUACUAUGAAACUUAGUAAUAUUUUCAAAAUAUUGUAAAAAUUAUCAAUUUCCCUCGUGAACCAAUAACCUGCCCCAAGGGUUUGAGGUUUUUAGUUUAGUUUACCCGGAAUGGGCUUCUACACUCACUAUUCUUACACUUUUUUGAAAGAAUGUGUGAGACAGACAGUUAGCCAGCUAGCUAGCUAGCUGAGAGGUGAGACAGACGGCAGGAGAACAAAAGAUUUUUUUUGCCUUUUGGCCGGUUGUACUGACACCAAGUCCAUGCAGAACGUGUCAUUACCAUCACAAUGCCCGUUUUACUUUUUCUGAUAGACACGUCCGCUUCAAUGAACCAGCGCACCCAUCUGGGCACUACCUAUCUGGACAUAGCAAAAGGCGCUGUUGAGACUUUUAUGAAGCUCAGAGGGAGAGAUCCGGCGAGCCGAGGGGACCGGUAUAUGUUGGUAAAUUUUGAAGAUGUUCCGUUCGGGAUAAAGGCUGGAUGGAAAGAGAGCCAUGCUACUUUCAUGACAGAGUUGAGGAACCUCCAAGCAACUGGACUCACAACUAUUGGCCAGUCCUUGAGGACAGCUUUUGAUUUACUCAAUCUCAAUAGAUUAGUGACUGGGAUAGACAACUAUGGACAGGGAAGGAACCCAUUUUUCCUUGAACCUGCCAUUAUAAUCGCGAUUACUGACGGCAGCAAGUUGACCAGCACCAGCGGCGUCCAAGAUGAGCUCCAUCUGCCUCUGACCACCCCGCUGCCUGGUAGUGAGCUGACCAAAGAGCCCUUUCGCUGGGACCAACGUCUGUUCGCUCUGGUGUUGCGCAUCUCCGGCAAUGCUUCGGUGGAGCCUGAGCCUCUCGGUGGCGUCCCGUCUGAUGAUUCUCCGAUCACACCCAUGUGUGAGGUUACUGGAGGUCGUUCCUAUAGUGUGUUUUCUCAGCGCAUGUUGAAUCAGUGUCUGGAGUCUUUGGUGCAGAAAAUCCUGAGUGGAGUGGUGAUAAACUUUGAGAAGACGGGGCCUGACCCUCCUCCCUUAGAGGAUGCUCCAGCUGAGACAUUGAAGUCCGGUCCCCAGCCUUGGCACUGCUGUCACAAGCUGAUCUAUGUGCGGCCCAACCCUAAAACUGGAGUCCCCAUUGGUCACUGGCCCAUCCCUGAGGCCUUCUGGCCAGAUCAGAACUCCCCAACACUGCCCCCCCGCUCAGCCCAUCCCCACGUACGUUUCUCCUGUGGUGACGCUGAGCCCAUGGUGAUAGACAAGGUGCCCUUCGACAAGUACGAGCUGGAGCCUUCACCACUCACACAGUACAUUUUGGAGAGGAAAUCCCCACACACCUGCUGGCAGGUGUUUGUUAGCAACAGUGCCAAGUACAGCGACCUGGGUCAACCCUUUGGCUACCUAAAGGCCAGCACAGCUCUGAACUGCGUCAACUUGUUUGUAAUGCCGUACAACUACCCUGUGCUUCUGCCACUUCUGGAUGACUUGAUCAAAGUGCACAAGUUCAAGCCUACCAUCAAAUGGCGGCAGUCCUUUGAGAACUAUCUAAAGACCAUGCCUCCCUAUUAUAUUGGGUCUCUGAGAAAGGCGCUAAGAAUUAUGGGAGCUCCGAAUCUGCUGGCCGACAACAUGGAGUAUGGACUGAGCUACAGUGUGGUUUCCUACCUGAAGAAGCUCAGCCAGCAGACGAAGGUGGAGUAUGAUCGCCUGAUUGCCUCGAUUGGUAAGAAACCACUGCCAGAUGCCGGCAUUAAGGUGCGCUGGCGGGGUGGAGGUAUCUCACUAGCCCAGCGCAGGGACUUUAUCAAUCAGCUGCAGAGUCUCACAGGUGAUGCCCCCACACUACCCAUGGAGCUCAACCCAAAAGAGUUUCAGGGAUUCCACUUGGCGCUGCUCAACAAGGGCUUGAAGCCCCACAGCUUUAGGAAUCCUUAUGACAUCCCCCGCAGCCAUCUGCUGGAUCAGCUCAGCCGAAUGAGGAGAAACCUGCUCAACACCAGCGUCUGUACCUUGCGAGGGCAGGACUCAGACCAACUCCACAGUGUGCCAAUUGCCCAGAUGGGAAACUACCAAGACUUCCUCAAAGCUGCACCCCAGCCUCUUCGAGACGCAGACCCUGAACAACCCAAACGGUUGCACACAUUCGGCAACCCUUUCAAACUGGACAAGAAGGGCAUGAUGAUUGACGAGGCAGACGAGUUUGUAACUGGCCCUCAAAACAAGGGCAAACGACCUGGAGACAGCAGCAACAACAUGCCAGGUGGAGGUCCCAAGAGACGCCGCUGUAUGUCUCCUCUGCUGCGGUUGGGCAGAGCCUACACCCCUCCAGUAACUCCCCCUUCCAGCCCUCGACCUUCAACAGACAUGGAUAUAAACGAUGAUACAUCAGAACCAGAUCUGAUCAUCAACCACCUUAAUCAGAACCACUACGACUCAGAUGGGAGCUCCGACUCAGAAAUAGACCACCCCUGUCGUCCUGCUGACCUCGAAGAGAACCAUACAUCUGCAGACCCUCAGGCUUUUCGGCACAAGGAGGAGGAGAGGGAGGAGGAGAAUGGGCAACCCCAGACAGGUGAGCUGCCUCCAGGCAGCGAGGGAAGAGCAGAGAUGGUGUUAGUGGAGGACCAGCCACUGCGCUUCCUGUCACCCACAGCUCUGAAGAAGCAUAUUCAUGGUGAGACGACGAAGGUCAACAAUGAGCUGAGGGCACUCAUCACCAAGGAGAUCAGAAAACCUGGCAGACACUAUGAGAAGAUCUUUCUCCUCCUGAAGCAGAUCCAGGGCACCCUGGACACCCGGCUCAUCUUCCUCCAAAAUAUCAUUAAAGAGGCAGCCAGGUUCAAGAAGCGUGUCCUCAUUGAGCAGCUGGAAAACUUCCUCGAGGAGAUCCACAACAGAUCCAUCAACAUGAACCAUGUGGACACACUCUGAGACCAACUCAAACUGAACUUACUUAUAAUGAACCCAACAACCCUCCAUUUCCUCCUGGAACCCCCCCUCCUCCCCUCCUUCCACUAAACCAAGGCCCCAGCAAAGGUGAGACGACAGCAUCCAGCUCUCAAACCAUCCCCUCUUCAGUUGGCUCUUCAUUUAAUCAGCACUAGAGGAGGUUGUGUUGGUUUAUGCACAAGAAUAAGUAAAAGCAGUACUGACCCUGGAUGAUCAAAGUGCAAAUAUGAGAUAUCUGAAUCGCUGAGCGAAGGAGAAUUUGAUGCUAGAAAACGUUUUCCCAUGCGAUGAGAUGCCUGUUUAACAUUUGGUGACUGCUGCUCUCUGAGCUCAUCCUUGAUUAUUCACCUCUGAUUAGAUUUUUUCCUCCACUUUUAAAAUGACAAGUGAUUAUCUCUCACAUAAGAGGUGGCGUAAACAAGGAUUUUGUCAGAGAUAAGACGACGACCUGCACCCUGGAUGUAACUAACGUUCAGUCACAUUUUCUGCAACUAUGUGACAGACAGCGUAGAAAGGGUUCAGUCUGUAUUGUGUGUUUGUUUUCAGACAACUCAGGGUCAAAGGGAUCCAGUGACGACAUUCAAGAAACACUGUUCUCCCAUCAUAUGCCUUUUCAUUCAUUCACUUCCUCCUUUGUCUUUUAUAUUUUUCUUGCAUUUGUUUGUGGGAGGAUGAGUCUGUUAAAACUGAUUGUUAAAAUUGACUUUGUACACUCCACCAACUGGAGCACUUCACUAUUCUGCUCUUAAAUGGGUAUGUUUCUGCUCCAACUUUGAAUUUGUCAACUUGUGGUCUAUCUUCCAGAUUGAUAAUUAAUAUCAGUAAGUAAUAAUUUAAGUGUUUGACAAAAUUACAGUUUUCACUUCCCUCAGGGGAAGAAAGGAUCCAGUUUUCUUUACAUCUGAAAACUGUAAACUUAAGUCUGUUUUGAAAUGCAAGUUGUAUCAAUGAGAACAAUGCAAAGUAAAUUAAUCUUGAAUGAUGCAACAUCAUUGGUGAUAAAUGUUUAAAUACAGGGACAAAAAGCUCAGGAACUGAUAUUAAUGCAUGAAUAUCAGCAAUAACAUUAGAAUCCCCCCUCCAUUUCCAUUCUUUUCUUUAUUUUUAGCCUGAAACAGCUGAUAUGCAACAAAAACUGUCAUCUACUGGAGUGUUGAUGACCCAAGGUCUCGGAUGCCAGCUUGUCCCAGUGAGCUGGUUGCUGCCAAAUGACCUAAACUGCCCCGUAAUUUCCCCUCUUUCCGCCAUGAAUCUCAAACCAACUUCUUGUCGCUUAACCAUUAAUGCACUUGUGUAAAUUUGAGAAUUCUUAUUUAACAUAAUUUAAAAGAAAAACUUUUUUUUCUCUUUAAAAAUUGGUCAGGCUUGUUCAGUGUUCUCAAAUGUACACAAAUAAACGAAAAUUAAGGUCUUUAGGUCAAAAGUUGAUUUCUGAUUCAGUGGCAGCCCUCUUUCGUUCCCUCCCUCCUCGGACAGGGACCAAAAUUUGCCAUACUUGUCUUUGUUUGUGAAGAGGCCGCUACCAAAAGAGUAUUUUGAAUACACUGUAAAGAUGUAAAUAACCCUAGAGUACUAUUUAAAGAGAAUGUUCAGUGGAAAAAUGGCCUUUUUGUAAGUAUUUCCAUGAAUAAAGUUUCUAUUUUACACUGUGAAAGGCCAUGUAAAUAAAGUGUUCC